CUGCUAUGUUCUCGCAAGUGAAAAUGUUCGCGCAUGCAUUUUCGCGUGUGGCGCCGUCGUCACGCAUGACAUAUGUGCGCAGUGUGUGUGCCACCUUCCUUUCAAACUAUGGAGGGCGCUGUAACUUCACCACUUCUGCUCGAUCUUGGGACUGGAAGUUGGAGGCUGUUUUCCCGAGUGAAAAUUCCACUAAAAUGGACGGGGCAAGAGUGAUUGCUGAGGCCCUUAAAGCCCAGGGUGUUGAGUAUGUCUUUGGCAUCGUUGGGUUUCCUGUCAUCGAGGUCGGUAUGGCCAUACAGGCAGCAGGAAUCAAUUACAUUGGAAUGAGGAAUGAACAAGCGGCAUCCUAUGCAGCAGGGGCCAUUGGAUAUCUUACCGGAAGACCUGGCGUGUGUUUGGUGGUGUCUGGUCCAGGAAUGCUGAACACCAUCUCGGGUCUGGCCAAUGCAACCAUUAACUGUUGGCCGAUGAUUGUGAUUGGAGGAUCGAGUGAUGUUGAUCAAGAAUCGAUGGGAGCAUUCCAAGAAUACCCUCAGGUUGAAAGUGCCCGGCUGUGUGCCAAGUACGCCGCUCGUCCAAGCAGCGUCGAGCAAAUCCCCUUCUACAUUGAAAAGGCGGUGCGAACCAGUAUGUAUGGACGGCCUGGGGCUUGUUACAUUGACAUCAGUGGAGAGAUGGUCAACAAAUCAGUCCCUGAAGAAUCCAUCAGAAUCAUGCCCAAGGUGCAGCCGCCCCCACCGAUGCUCGCAUCGCCCGAUCUCGUAGAGAAGGCCGUCCAGCUCUUGAUGUCGGCCAAGAAUCCACUCAUCAUCGUCGGAAAAGGAGCGGCCUACGCUAGAGCUGAGGGAAACGUCAGAGAGUUGGUCAACGGCUACGGUUUCCCGUUUCUUCCUUCUCCGAUGGGUAAAGGAGUGGUUGAGGACGAUCAUCCGCAGUGCGUCAUCGCUGCUCGGUCCAGGGCAUUACUUCAAGCUGAUGUUAUCCUACUCCUUGGUGCUCGUCUCAACUGGAUCCUUCAUUUUGGUCUGCCUCCAAGAUACAAUCCUGAUGCCAAAUAUAUUCAAAUUGAUAUUUGUCCAGAGGAGCUAGGUAACAGCAUUGGCACGGAUAGAAUGUUGGGAGUGGCAGGAGAUCUCAACUCGGUGACCAAACAGAUGCUGGAGACUUUCAAGACGAGCUUUCCCAAUUGGCGGUAUCCUAGCAACACUCCAUGGUGGCAGAGUCUCCGCAGCAAAGUGUCAGCCAAUCAAAAGUCUAGUCAGGAACUGAGCGCUGACAAAUCACUGCCCAUGAGCUUCUACUGUGCCCUGGACAAGGUCCAAAAGCUGAUACCACGAGAUUCAAUCAUUGUCAGUGAGGGAUCAAAUACAAUGGAUAUUGGGAGAACCGUGCUUCUGAACCACUCCCCACGACACAGGUUGGAUGCGGGGACGUUUGGCACCAUGGGCGUCGGCCUGGGCUUCUCCAUCGCCGCCGCCCUAUUGGCCAAGGACAGGUGGCCGGGGAAGAGAGUGGUGUGCGUGGAGGGCGACAGCGCCUUUGGGUUCUCUGGGAUGGAGAUGGAGACAAUCUGCAGGUACAAUUUGCCCAUUCUGAUGAUCAUUGCCAAUAACAACGGCAUUUCAAUGGGCAUCGAUGCAGAAACUUUCCAGGAAGUGGAGGUCAAGAACAGAGGACUAGAUCUUCCUCCCACCGGUCUCAUGCCGGACACCCGCUACGAGAAGAUCAUGGAAGCGUUCGGUGGGAAGGGUUACUUCGUCACGACGCUCUCGCAGCUAGAGGGCGCUAUACAGGAGAGCCUGACUAAACACGCAGACAAACCGGUGAUCAUCAACGUGGCCGUGAAUCCCCAGUCGAUGAGGAAACAACAGGAUUUCAAUUGGCUGACAAGAACGGAGAGCAAACUGUGAUCACCGCAUUUUGCAGUCGCAACAAUUUUUCAGUUCUAGACAAGUCAUCUUUCAAUUAUAAAAAGCAAAAGGAAAACAACGUGAAUGAUUUUGAAACGUGAAGUCUGUUUAAGAAGUUUCCCGAAUCAUACCUUUGUGGUUAUUGGAAUAAGAAUUUUACAAAUUUUGCCAAUUUGAAAAAAAAAAUGGAUUACAUUUGAUAAGGCGAAAGAAAAACGUGUAUAAUAAUAAAUCACAUUUGCUUUUUGCAGGUGCUUAACUUAAGAUUUAAAAACAAAUUGAAUUAUUGAAAAGGAAAAUAAACACGUUUUCCAAAUCAUAUCCAUUCGGUAAUUGGACCAAGAGUUUUACAAAGUUUCCAAUUUUGGAAAUGGAUUGCCUUUGAUAAGUAAGAAAAAAAUGUAUUAUAAUAAAUCACAUUUGCAUUAAGCAGGUGCUUAACAAAAAGAAAACAAAAGAUGAAAUUAUUGAAAAGUAAAAUACCUUUAACAUAAAAAAAAGAAAACCAUGAAAUUCACUUUAGAUUGGGGAGCUGGUUGGCCAUAAACUGUUUUUGAGCUCUUAAGAGGACUAGUAUUGGG